CAACUGAACCAAGCAGGGCUCCCCCAACUUUUCAGUAGUUUCCUAGUUGCAGUCUCCCAUCAUGCGUGAGUGAGUUCACACCCGAGAGACGCGCAGAGGGAGGCUGACAGUCAGUGGAUUAUCCCGUACAGUACGAGGAGUGCUGUAGCUGUUGUGGUGACGGUGUUUUUGCAAUAGGAAGUGCUUUAACAUGUUAAGACGGCGGAUCCUCACCCUUCUGGGUCUCCUGGCUCUCCUCCCCAUGGCAGCCUCCCAGUGCCAGGUAGGGCAAGUGCCAUGUGGUAACCUCUGCGGCAAUGCCUGUGACGGGACGGUGGACUGCCUAGACCGGUCUGAUGAAACAUAUGAGCUCUGUUCCAAAAAAGUGUGCAACAGUAAUGACACAAACCUUGGAACUGGAAAUUUUGAAGACAUCUUCGACUUUAAUCCCCCAAAGUUCCAGUGUGCCUAUGGUGGCUGCAUCAGGGAAAUGUUUGUGUGCAACGGCCAUCCAGACUGCUGGGACAAUUCAGAUGAAACACCUGAACUGUGUUCCUCCAAACAAUGCACAAGGCGAGAGUUCAGAUGUGACUAUGGUGCUUGUAUCAGGAAAACUUGGUCAUGCAAUGGCAAUUACAACUGCCUUGACAAGUCUGAUGAAACAGAAAAGCACUGCAAAUCUAAACGAUGUCGCUCUUCACAGUUUAAGUGUGCUUAUGGAGCAUGCAUACCAGCAAGUGAGAGAUGUGAUGGAUCACCAGACUGUGUUGACAGUUCAGAUGAGUCGGAGAAGGAAUGUGGUGUGGGCCACACUACCAAACCUUCUGUCACUGUUACACAGCCUCCUACCCCAACACCACCCAAACCUCCAGUAGUCAUCACACCACAAACACCCCAGCCACCUGGGAAGCCAGGUACUAUAUCAUUUGAUGGAGGAUCAACUUCACCUCCAGACUGGUGCUUGGCACAAGGCCUAUGUUCCUGCCCGAAGCCUAAUGAACAUUUUUGUGUGCCGUGUGAAAACACACUGAGUUGCUCUGUUCUAGGUGAUGGAUCAGUGUGCAGCAUCAAGCCAGCAGGAGGACCUUUUGCCAAUGUGAAGGUGGAGGUGCUGACCUGUGGCAUCAGACCAGUUGUGUCUCUUGCUGGAUUUGUGCGAAAUCAUGACGCAUCCUUCUGCGGAUCAUCGGAAGGAGUCCCAUUAGAGAGUGUGGUUCUAGCUGACUGUUGGGGCCAAAUUAUCCUUGCUCAAUGUCAUGCUAAUGGCAUGUGGCACAGCUACCGUGGUGGAGCCAAUGCCUCACCACCAUCACCAUCUCUCUGUCAGUUUCAGGAAGUUAAUUCUCCAGUGUGUGGUCAGCGGCCAAGGUACAUAAGACCACCAGGGAGAACCAUUCACCUCAAAGCACAGCCCCAAUGGCCCUGGAUGGUUGGUCUCAAGAAGGAGGGAGAUUACUUCUGCACUGCCACCAUCAUCAAUCCUUACUACCUCCUUACAGCUGGUCACUGUAUUACCAGUUCACGAGAAACGAAUCAAUUGGUGGACCCACGUGACGUGAAGGUGCAGCGAGUCAAUGCUGAAGGGAAAAUCGUACAAGUUCGUAUCUCUCAAAUACACCUGUACCCACAAUAUGUCCCCGGCAAUCGACCAUCUCAUGAUGUGGCAUUGGUGCGCAUGGAAAAUGAAAUUAACUUUUCUCAUCAAGUUUUUCCUGCAUGUGUCCAUACAGAACAGUUCCCACAGAUGGAAAUUGCCGCAACAUUCAACAGAACAAUUAAUGAAUAUGAGUGGGAGAUGAUAUUGCAGCAGCAUGAUCCUCGAUGUCACUCCCCACAAGACCGCUGUGCUGUCACCCUGGGAAUUGAUGCACAGCAGUUCUGUGCCAUUGAUACAGGAUUUCUCAGGUAUCUGCCAGAAGGAUCUUCAGGUGGUCCCUACAUGGUCAAUAUUGGAAGUGAUAUUGAGGAACGCUGGGUUGUUGCCGGCAUAGUAUCUUCUUCCUACCGGCAAACCUCUUGUACACGACCCUUCACAAUUUUCACUUCCAUUACAUCGUACUGGCCUUGGAUUUCAAAGUGUGUACAUGAAGGGAUUUGUGGUUGAUUUAGAUAACUGAUGUUUGUAAUAUUGUAUAUUGUCUUCUAUUUAUGAGGUGCAAGCAGCUUUGUAUGUUACUGUUAUGUCUGAGGGUCUUAAUUGUAGCUGGAAAUUCCACUUUUUUCAUACAGCAUAAAAGUAAGUAGAUCAUGAAGUGUGGCCUCAUAUCUGCUCAAGUUCAAGCAAAAACAGGGCUGUAUGGUGGUGUGAGUGAGAGGUUGAUUGAUAUAUGACUAUGACUUUGAAAGUCUUUCUUAAUUUUGAGCAUAUAACUGACAGUAGGCUCCCAUUAGUCAGCUGUGUCAGAUACAUUGCCUCAUUGGGCACCUGGCAAAAUGUCUUUAAAAUAUACCUAUUUACAUACUUUUGGCUGUUGUGUGGAUCCAUCACAAAAUUCUUGAUUUUUAUUCUUCUUUGAGCUUGAAGAAUGGUUGUGGAUUAAAAAUGUGUGAUAUUUACAAGCUGUAGAAUUAAUGAAAAUAAUAAGAAUUUUAGCAAAUGAGUGAGUUCUGCAACAUAAGUUCAUGUUUACAUUCUAUGUAAUUUUUAUGAAGUACACAAUGAACCCCCAAUGAUAGGGUUAUGUUUUGCAAGGAUCUUGCAUAGGAAGGCAUAUAUUAUGAACCUGUCUUUACAUUAAGUAUAUACCAAGCUUUGGAAGCUGAUAAAUCUUCAUUCCAUUCUUUUCUCUAAUAAGAGUAUAUUAAUGCUGAAACCCCAUAUUAUUGUUAUAUGCAUAUAAAAUGUGAUAUAAUUUGUUAGUCCCUCUCUCUGAUACAUUACUUUGUGAGGAUUAGAUGCAAAGUGGUUAAAUGCUCAGAGUGCAACCUCUAUCAAUAAAAUGAUGUUGCUUGAGUCCCAAAAAACUUUGGUUGUGAGUGAAUUUGUGCAAGAUAUGGUAACAUCUAUUCCUAUACUUGAAACAAGGCAAUUUCCUUCAAGUGGCCUGAUGAGGUGGAGCUGGAGUUGUAUUUUCAGUUGAAACCUCGAGAGGCUGAGUUAGUGUUGAUUAUACCAGCUUGUGUCAUGCCUCCCAUUGCUUUUCACUCAUAUAAGGACAAUUUUUCUUGUAUAUGAAAAAUUCUGUUUAGAUGUAAAAAUUUUAAUCCUUGAAAUCACGUGGAAUGAAAUCCUUGUGGAUUGUCACUAGAAACAAAUGCAGAGUGUAAGAGAAAAAACUCUUCCAAAUAUGAAGGUACAGUGGGUCCGUGGUGUAUGAUGUCCUCAACCUACAGCAUUUCAGGGUUAUGUCACCAUCUCCCAUAAAUUUAUUAAGAAAGUCUUGUUCCAUCAUUCACAGCUUUGUUUACAUUCACCAGUUGUACGUCAUAUUGGAUUGUGCUACAUUUGCUUUCUUUCAUUUGUGUUAUCUUUUUGAGAACUUUUUGCCCUUCAUUAUGGCCCCCAAGCUUAAGUUGGACUUUUGAUGGCAAUGCUUCAAUGAAAAGGAAAGCCAUCUCCAUGGAAGUGAAAUUAGAUAUAAAGAAAUGCUUGGAAAAGAGCAAAACACCAACAAACAUUGGCUGGUUGCUUGGCCUAAGUUGUAUUACUGUCUCGACAAUCAUCAGUGAUAAACCACCUCCAACUUCCUCCCCUCAGUAGCCUAGUGUAAACUUGUCUCUUCCCCCUUUGCAGUGCCCAUUGUGCAAGCCAACCAAAGGAGUAAAGGUAAGGAAUUGUUCUCUUUUUUUAAUUAUUUAUUUAUUUUUUUACUGUACAGUGUCUUUAUGUCCUAGAUUAUGAUUUUACCACUAUGUUAGCGUAGGUGAGUGACAUAGGUACUUAUGAGUUCCAACUUAUGGUGUAGAUCACAUUACAUCACGCUGUAGGAACAGAAUUCUGACAUAAGUCAAGGACCCCCUGUAUUAAAAUUUUAAAGAAGAAUGCAAAAUAACAAAUUUUGAUAUGAAAAUUAUGGCAAGCACCCAAGUUGGGUUAUGUUAAUAGGACUUUCCUCUUAUUUUCAUUUUUUAUGUAUGUACACAUUGAGAAAUUCUCUCUCUCUCUCUCUCUCUCUCUCUCUCUCUCUCUCUCUCUCUCUCUCUCUCUCUCUCUCUCUCUCUCUCUCUCUCUCUCUCUCUCUCUCUCUCUCUCUCUCUCUCUCUCUCUCUCUCUCUCUCUCUCUCUCUCUCUCUCCUCUUCUCUUCUCUUCUCUUUCACACACACACACACACACACACACACACACACUUUUUGGAUAAAGAAAUUAUGAAAAAAAUUAUAACAAGCAUGAUACAACAAAUUGGAAUACACAGCAGUAGUUUGGGCUCCACAUAAAAAAAAAAGAUAUGGAGAAACUCGGAAGAUACAGAGUGACAAAGAUGGUACCAGAAUUGAAAGACUUAAGACCAGAUAACAAUGUACAGAUUAGUAAACAAUAAACAGAAAUUACUUGCUAAUACAGAUGGAGGAAGAAGAGAGACAUAGGAGGGGGCAUGGAAAGAAAAUAAAGAAGAGCAGAUGUUCAAAGUUACAUCAAGAAAUACAGCUUCCCGUACUGAACUAUUGAAAUCCAGAAUGAUUUGAAGGAAAAGGUGGUUGCAACAAACAGUGUACACAUGUUUAAAGAGAAACCAGAUAAAUAGGGAUAUGGAGACAGGACAAAAUGAGCUUUGGCUUGUGCCCUGUACAAUACAGCUAGGUAAAAUACUUAUAAGAAUGUAAUAUAAUGGCACUUUGGCUGAGAUUCUUAAACUUUCAUAACCAGCUUUUUGUUCAUGUAUUAGCUCAAUCAUAAAUCAGUCUUUCUUACAAAGAUUAUUUGGUAAAAGAUGAAAGUAACCAUUAAUUGCUACUCAUUGAUGAUAAUUUGAUAGAGAACUGCUGGUUAGUGUCAGUUUUAAGUAACUGUACUCUCAAAAGUAUUUGAAUGAAUAAUGUUUAAGUGACUGACUAGUCUUGCUUUCUUUACCCUCAUGCAUAUCAGUUAUUUGGAUGCAGGUUAUUAUGCUCUUUAGUUAUUCCUAGAUUUAAGUAGAGCUUUUGAUAUUGUUUAUGAUGAUAUUAAAAUUGCAGAUUUG